UGAGUCGGGCUUCACUCGCGGGCGACAGUCAUGGAGACGGGGGCCCCCGACCAGCUCGAGACCACUCAAGUGCGGCCUCAACACCGGUUCGACUGCCAGGCUCUGGAGGCCUACUUAAACCAACAUUUACCUGGUUUUGGGGCAGAUCCCCAGGCUGCGCUGACCGUUACUCAAUUCAGAUCAGGACAGUCCAAUCCUACCUUUUAUCUCCAGAAAGGCUUGCAAGAAUAUGUACUCAGGAAAAAGCCUCCAGGUUUACUUCUUCCUAAAGCACACAUGAUUGACAGGGAGUUUAAAGUCCAGCAAGCUUUGUUUUCCAUGGGAUUUCCAGUUCCCCAGCCGUUACUGUACUGCAGUGAUGUCUCCAUCAUUGGAACAGAAUUUUACUUGAUGGAAUACGUGCAGGGUCGAAUCUUCCGUGAUUUCUCACUUCCUGGAUUGAGUGAAGCAGAACGCUCAGCCAUCUAUGUAGCCAUGAUAGAAACGUUGGCCCGGCUCCAUUCCUUGAGUGUACGCUCACUGCAGCUGGAAGGGUACGGCAUGGGUGCCGGGUACUGCAGACGGCAGGUCUCGACCUGGAUGAAGCAAUAUGAGGCUGCAGCCCAUCAGGACAUCCCCGCUAUGAGGCAACUGUCUGAAUGGCUGAGGAAGAACUUGCCAGACAAUGACAAUGAGGAGAGUUUGAUCCAUGGGGAUUUUAAAUUAGAUAAUAUCAUUUUCCACCACAAAGAGUGUCGUGUUUUAGCCGUCCUGGACUGGGAGCUCUCCACCGUUGGUCAUCCCUUCUCAGAUGUCGCUCAUCUUUCCAUGUUCUACUUUUGGCCAAAAACCAUUCCAAUGAUAAAUAAAAGUUCUCACUUCCACGCAGGCACAGGGAUACCAUCAAUGGAGGAACUGGUCUCAAUCUACUGCCGCUGCAGAGGGAUUCAUUCUGAUCUUCCUAACUGGAACUUCUUUCUUGCCCUCGCAUAUUUUAAAUUUGCUGGAAUAGCACAGGGAGUGUACCACAGAUAUCUUUUGGGAAAUAAUUCAUCAGAGGAUAGCUUUCUGAUGGCCAAUAGUGUGCAACCACUGGCAGAAACUGGAUUACAACUCUCAAGAAGAACCUUUAAUACCGAAUUGCCACGGGCGGAUAAUUCCAGACAGUUGUUUGUGCAGACUAGGAAAGGCCAGGAAGUCCUUGCUAAGGUGAAGCAUUUCAUGAAACACCACGUCUUCCCCGCUGAAAAGGAGGUCCAUGAGUACUAUGUACAAAAUGAAAAUAAAGCAGACGUGUGGAGACAGCCUUCUGUGAUAGAUAAACUCAAGGAAAUGGCCAAGGCCGAGGGGCUCUGGAACUUGUUUCUGCCAGCAGUGAGCGGGCUCAGCCAGGUGGACUACGCCCUGAUUGCGGAAGAGACCGGAAAAUGCCAUUUUGCCCCAAAUGUCUUCAACUGCCAAGCACCAGAUACGGGGAACAUGGAGGUGCUGCACCUGUAUGGAAGUGAGGAGCAGAAGUGGCGCUGGCUGGAGCCUCUUCUUCAGGGGAGCAUCACCUCUGCCUUCUGCAUGACCGAGCCGGACGUGGCUUCAAGUGAUGCCACGAACAUUGAAUGCACCAUCCAGCGAGACGGGGACAGCUACGUGGUCAAUGGCAAGAAGUGGUGGAGCAGCGGAGCCGGGAAUCCCAACUGCAGAAUUGCCAUCGUUUUGGGCAGAACCGAAACUACAGCCGACUCCAGACACAAACAGCACAGCAUGAUUCUUGUUCCAAUGGACACUCCGGGAGUGAAAGUCGUCAGGCCCUUGUCGGUGUUUGGCUACCUGGAUGAGCCUCACGGAGGGCAUAUGGAGAUCCAUUUUAACCGCGUGCGCGUUCCCGCCAGCAAUUUAAUCCUAGGCGAAGGCAGGGGGUUUGAGAUUUCCCAAGGCCGCCUGGGACCAGGCCGCAUCCAUCACUGCAUGCGAUCAGUAGGCGUGGCCGAGCGUGCCCUGCAGAUCAUGUGCGAGCGGGCGGUACAGAGGAGCGCCUUUAAGAAGAAGCUCUAUGAACACGAGGUGGUGGCGCACUGGAUUGCCGAAAGUCGCAUUGCCAUUGAGGAGAUCCGCUUGCUGACCUUGAAAGCUGCUCACAGCAUAGACACUCAGGGCAGCGCGGCGGCCAGGAAGGAGAUUGCGAUGAUCAAAGUGGCCGCCCCGAGGGCCGUGUGCAAGAUUAUUGACCGAGCCAUCCAGGUGUGUGGGGGUGCAGGCGUCUCCCAGGACUACCCUCUGGCCAACAUGUAUGCCCUCUCGCGAACCCUGCGCUUAGCGGACGGGCCCGACGAAGUGCAUCUCUCUGCAGUCGCAAAAAUGGAGCUGCGAGAACAAGCCAAAAGGCUGACGGCCAAGAUGUGAGGAAGAGCAGAGCAGCUCCACGGCCUGCACCCAUGCACCGCUGUCAGCAGAGAGGCCAGUGCAGGGUCACUCCCUUGUCCAAAUGAUUCUAGCAUGUUCUAAUCAGUGAUUCUGUCAUCUCAGUGA